UUAUUCCACUUGACAACCCUAACUACGGAAAACCCUCCUCCUCCUUCCCUUCCUCUCCACUCACUUGAAACCCGCCACCGCUCAAAACUUCUCCUCACUACCUGCCAAUAUAUAUAAAUAAGAUAUAAUGGAAUCCCUGUAUUUCACUACAUACAUAAAAAUCAAAAUCCCUAACAACCGCAAUGACAUCAAAUCACACAAUGUCAGCACAACAAGACGUCGCCGGAAGAGGCUUUCCGUCUCCGCCACAGUUUUCAAAUCGAAAACGGAAACCGAUUCUCUAUCGGCGACGGAAAACGGUCCGGUGACGGCGGUAUUACGGACGCCGGAGAAUGAGCAGCAGCAAGCACCGGAGGCGGUGCUGAGAGUGUCGCCGGCAUCUUUACAGUAUGAAGCAGGUAAGUUAGGAGCGGUUCCUGAUCAUAAAGUGGAAGAAGGUAAUGGGGCGUUGAGUGAAAUGGAGUAUUUGACUAAUAUAUUGUCUUCUAAUCGUGUUUAUGAUGUUGCUAUUGAGUCGCCAUUAUCGCUUGCCCCGAAGCUUUCGGAACGGUUAGGAGUUAAUGUUUGGCUUAAACGAGAAGAUCUUCAGCCUGUCUUUUCGUUCAAGCUUCGUGGAGCAUAUAAUAUGAUGGCAAAACUUCCAAAGGAACAACUGGCACAUGGUGUCAUAUGCUCGUCUGCUGGCAAUCAUGCUCAAGGUGUUGCAUUAGCAGCCAAGACACUUGGUUGUGAUGCUGUGAUUGUCAUGCCGGUUACUACGCCUCGAAUCAAGUGGGAGUCGGUUAAAAGGUUAGGUGCAACAGUUGUCCUUGAAGGCGAUUCCUAUGAUGAAGCACAAGCGUAUGCCAAAAGAAGAGGACAGACUGAGAAUCGAACUUUCAUUCCUCCUUUUGAUCACCCGGAUAUCAUAAUGGGCCAGGGAACUGUUGGAAUGGAGAUUGUACGCCAGAUGCAAGGUCCUAUCCAUGCCAUAUUUGUGCCUGUUGGGGGUGGUGGCCUGAUAGCUGGUAUUGCUGCCUAUGUGAAGAGGGUAUCACCAGAGGUACUGAUUAUCGGUGUGGAGCCUGCUGAUGCAAAUGCAAUGGCUUUGUCAUUACACCAUUCCCAAAGAGUAAUGCUUGAUCAAGUGGGAGGCUUUGCAGAUGGUGUUGCUGUUAAGGAGGUUGGUUUGGAGCCUUUCCGUUUAUGCAGGGAAUUGAUAGAUGGAGUGGUUCUUGUCAGCCGUGAUGCUAUCUGUGCAUCCAUAAAAGAUAUGUUUGAGGAGAAAAGGAGCAUAUUAGAACCAGCAGGUGCACUUGCCCUUGCUGGGGCAGAAGCUUACUGCAAAUUUUAUAACCUUAAGGAUGCAAAUGUUGUAGCAAUAACCAGUGGGGCGAAUAUGAACUUUGAUAGAUUGAGAUUGGUAACAGAGCUUGCAAAUGUUGGCAGGCAGCGAGAGGCUGUGCUCGCAACUUUCAUGCCGGAGGAGCCUGGAAGUUUUAAACAAUUUGCUGAAUUGGUUGGGUCGAUGAAUAUCACCGAGUUCAAGUAUAGAUAUGACUCUGGAGAAAAACAAGCUCUAGUUCUGUACAGUGUUGGCCUUCAUACAAAGUUUGAACUUCAAUCGAUGAUGGAGAGAAUGGAGUCAUAUCAACUAAAAACUAUUGAGUUUACAAACAAUGACAUGGUUAAAGAUCAUUUACGUCAUCUGAUGGGUGGCCGAACAAAUGUCGAAAACGAACUUCUUUGUCGUUUUGUUUUUCCGGAGAGGCCAGGGACGUUGAUGAAAUUCUUGCACGUGUUUAGUCCACGUUGGAACAUUAGCUUGUUUCAUUACCGUGCACAGGGGGAAAUGGGGGCAAAUGUUUUAGUCGGUAUUCAAGUCCCUUCAAGUGAAUUAGAUGAGUUCCGGUAUCAAGCCAACAAUCUUGGAUAUGAUUAUGAACUUGAGACUGAUAAUGAAGCGUUCCAGCUUCUGAUGCGUUGAGGACCAAAGCUCAAAUGAGUGUUGACUGAAAUUGGUAUGUUUCCAACAGUAGGUUUGACAAACUUUAGGAUUCCGUUUAAACAUGUUGUCGUUUGUGGAUUAAGAUUCCCUCGUGUUGGUUUUCAACAUGAUACAGGUCAUGUAUACUUUGUGAGAGCAGGCAAAGUUGGGUCUAUUAUUGCUGGCUCGUUUUAAUAUUUUUCUUCUCUCUCACAUGACAUACAACAUGAGCUAUUGUAUUAAAAACCACAUUAGAGGAUCCUGAUCCAAUUUAGAUGCAGGUGUUUCUGUAAUAUUAAUUAUUAUCGUCUCUUGUAAACAACGUCUCUUGUGCACGAAUAAGGUUUUAUGAAGAGUGUAUUAAUGGAUAGAUGAUGAGUUAUAAAGUUUUUGCUUUCUA